UUCACAAUUGAAAGCAAAAUUGUCUUUAAAACUAACCAAAACUAAAUUUAAUUCAAUAUGCCGGAGUUUUCCGAGGAAGCCAAGGAUCGUUUAAUGAUUGUUCUCAACGUGGUCCAAAAGACAGUCCACUGGGGCUUUGUGCCUUUCGUGAUUUAUAUGGGCUUCCGCAAGGGUGCAGAGAUCGGCAUGCCGCCACUAACCAUAAUCAACCUUUUUGCGUUUUAGAAAGUGCAUAAAGCACGCUCUAAAUUAAACACUUCUUUGCUUCUCCCACUCACACAUUCAAGUUUUGACAGAAUGUUAACCAAAACGAACUGAAAACUAUUUCAAAGACAUCCAGUGCGUGCAAAUAAAAGGUAUUAGAAAUAUA